CUGGACUUUCUUAUAUAAGAUGACUUCUCACAGCUCAAAUAAUGUUGAGGUCUGGAUUUUAGGCACAGGAACUGCUGCACUCGCUUCAGCACUCUUUCUUCUCAAGAAUAAUUCCCUCAAGCCUCCCAAUAUCCAUCUGUUGGACUCUCAUUCUUCAGUUGACCAGGUUUUACAUUAUCCUGGCAACUCGGGCACAGGAUAUGACCAAUUUGCGGGGUGCUUGCCGGUACCAAUCGGUGCACCUCUAAGAGACCUUCUUUCAUCAAUCCCAUCUUCUCAGAAUUCAAGGAUAUCUAUCUUUGAAGAGAUCAAUAAUCGACAACAGCAGAGAUAUCCAGUCAAUCAUAAUCAAAGAACAUGUUUCGUGAUUCAAAAAAAUGACUCCCUAGAGCAAAUCUCAACAGACCAUCUGAAUUUAAGCAUUAGGCAGCGUCUAAAGCUUUUAUCCUUCAUGCUUAAGUCUGAAGACAGCUUAGGCAGAAGUCAAAUUCGGGAGCACUUCUCCAAGAAUUUUUUUCAAAGUGUCUUCUGGGCUGUCUGGUCGGCGCAAUUUUGCUUCCAACCUUGGCAUAGCGCAACAGAAUUCCAAACCUCCCUAAAUCAGUAUUUGCAUGAGUUUCAAGGACUAAGUAUUUUGAACUGUCUCGAUAUUACGGGUUAUUACCAACACGAAUGUAUAUUUCUCCCUAUCUAUCAUUAUCUCAGGAGUUUAGGCGUGGACUAUCUGUUCAACGCGAAGGUCAAAGAGAUAUCUUUCGUUAAUGUUGGUAACGAUCUGAAGCCACAAAGGUUGAGCUUUUCACACUGCGAACACAUUGUCACGAAAAACCUUGGUCCGAACGAUUUCCUUAUCGCCGCGCUUGGAUCGACCGUCUCAGGGUCUCAAACAGGUACAAAUAGCCAGCCGCCUCAAUGGAACUCAAUCUGGUCAAAUGAUAAUCUUAAUGAUAACUGGUCGCUAUGGUUGGAACUUGGAAACAAGGACAGGACCUUUGGUGAUCCAUACAACUUCUGCGUCCGUCAAUCGGAGUCAAUGUUAGAAUCUUUCACAAUUACCACGGAGGAUUCGGUACUAUUUCAAAACUUUCAAGUCAUUACUCAACACAAAUCUCAGGCUGGGGCUUUUAUAUCCUUGCAAGAAAGCUCUUGGAAACUGGUUCUCUGCGUUCCCUUACAACCAGUCUUUGCAGAUCAGCCGGGGAAUGUACGGGUUUUAUGGGGCUUUGCGAAUUGUCCAGAUCGGAGGGGGAAUUAUAUCUCCAAGCCGAUGUUACAAUGCUCGGGAUCUGAAAUAUUGACCGAAGUAUGUGGGCACCUUGGCCUGACUCAUGAACCUGCAAGACAUCGUACUAUAACCAUCCCCCGUGUCAUGCCACGAAUGAGUGCAGCAUAUUUAACACGCCAAUCAAGCGAUCGCCCUUGCACGAAACCGAAAGCUACUUCAAACCUUGGUUUGAUUGGUCAGUUCGUUGAUCUUCCACCAUACACGGCCGUCGACUUAAGCUAUGGUAUCCGUACAGCUGAAACAGCUGUGUCCCAGCUUCUA